AUGUUGAUUGUGAGUCGCGUUCUAGCUGGUAUGGGUGUGUCUGGAGUGCAAAAUGGGUGCUUCACGACUAUUGCUGGAUGCGUGCCGAUGGAAAAGAGACCUAUGUCCCAGUUAGCGCUUGCUACAGGGCCAUUGAUCCGAGCCGCUCUGACUAAAUACACAACUUGGCGAUGGUGUUUCUGGAUCAACCUACUUAUUGGAGGGGUGGCAGCAGGACUGAUUUUGCUGACUCUCUUCCUGGAUAACAUGUCCAACAAACCUCCCUACGCCAUGACAGCCCCACGAUCUCUACAGACAAAGCUCGACUUACUCGGUGUUGUGCUCUUUGCGGGCUGCACAAUCCAAUUAUUGUUUGCCCUUCAAUACGGUAACAACCAGUUCGCUUGGAAUAGCUCAACCGCUAUUAGUCUCCUUUGCAGUGCCGGCAUGACCUUUCGGUUGGCUUGCGUGGGAUUAGCACAAAGGUGA